AUUGGCCCGCCGCUCAGUCAGACACCGGAGUGCGCGGCGCGAGGAUGCGAGCAUUGUGAUGUCGGACGCGCGCAUUUGUACGUCGAAACUCGCGUAAGCUUGCUCCUUUCUUCUUUCCUUCCUUCCUUGCUUCCUUCCUUCCUUCCUUUCUUCCUUGCUUCCUCCUCCUUCGUGCCGCAGUCCUCGUAUUUCGCGACGUUGAGUCGUGCAUAUCCAGUCGCGUCGCGAGUGGCAACCUGAGGAAGACAAGCACUGUCUGACGCUUGUCCGGCGUCCGUCGUUGUCGCGGAGUGUUCACGUGCGUUUCCACCCGGGCCGUGGUCCAAUCGGCUGGCCGAGAACGACGCUCCAAGAGAGAGAGAGAGAGAGAGAAAGGAUGAGGCUGCCGCGGAUGCUGUUCGUCGUCGCCUACCUGCUGCGCUGUCACGUCGCUCGCUCAAUAGCCGCACCGGCGAGAGCGACGAGUCAGGUUCUGCUGGGCGAAGUCGAUAUUACGCUUCGGGACGACAGCAACGGCGAUGUUACGACGGAAGAGCCGUUUCCCAAAAAGUGCAUCGUAGACGGGAACGCCUAUUCUCACAGCCAAACGAUACCAUCUUACGACACGAAUUCGCAUUGCCUGUGCGUCGCUGGCGAAGUUUACUGUUGGUGGCAGAAUUAUAAUCCUAGCACCGCCCCGUCGCUCGGCCCGUCUUCCCUGCAAUCGACUACGGUGGAGAGCAAUUACACACCGUCGCUUGAAGCCAGUACGGAUACUGCGGAUGGCUUUGAAGCAUCCGGGGAUCCGGGAGUAGCGGCGGACUCUCCGAUCGGCCAGCAAGGUCACGUGGAAAUUAAUGCGACUUCGACGACCGCGACGCCUUCCGCGCCGACUACUUGCCUCGUAAUGGGACGGGAGUAUCGACAGGGUGAGACUUUGCCGCACUCGACCGGGAACUGUGUGGAGUGCAGCUGCGGCUCCGAAGGACGCGUCGAAUGCUCGCCGAGGGACUGCGUGGCGCUACGGCCCGAAAUAUUGGUCGCACCGGACAUACCCGAGGCGCCGGACGGCGACUUCGAAGUUUUCAACCUGGCGCGGGAUCGGGGCAUCGACGAGAGUUUCUAGAGUAUCGGAUAACGACGAGCGUCAACCGCCGCGCACAACUCGCUUCGCCUUUGACUACCGUCGCGAUAUCGUUCAUGUCGGCGUAAGCCGACCAAUAAGAGGCGGUCGUUUAAUUAGAUGGGCUCUCGAAGACGGUUUAAAGGAUGGUAGGUCAGAUUGAUUCGUGACACAAGAAAAACGCGCGCUGGGUUCUCGAUAACCUGAUAGGCGGUAAGGAGAGAGGCGGGCAAGGAGAGAGGGAGGAGGUAGAAAAACAGGAAAUCUGGAGUUAUUGUCCGGUGAUUGUGAUCGACGAACGAAUGGGAUCCGUCGUAUCUUGAGAGCUAUCUAAUUCAAGGUCUAUAUAUAUACAUAUGUAUAACGUUUACCUUGAGUGUGCACAAUCUCUCAUAUUUAAAUUACGAAGUAAUUUAAGUAUGAUGUCGUAUUCUUGUAGAAUUUACGCUCGGCGUUUUUAUUUUUAUUGUUAGAUCAAAAUUACGUUUCUUGUUUCUUUCUUUAAACGAAGGAAAGAAUCGUCUUCUCCUUCUUCCACUUCUCUCUCUCUCUCUCUCUCUCUCUCUCUCUCUCUCUCUCUCUCUCUUUCUUUCUCCCCCUCUUUUUCUCGAUCGUGGAUAUGCCUUCAGUCUCUCGUCUCGCGUCGUAGACGACGUACUCAAUCAAAACGGCGCCGAAGGCAUGGUCCCGCGUAGAACGCCUAGCGUAGAUUUUUUUUCUAUAAAAUCUUGAGACGCGACACGCUCGUCACGGCCGACGAUGGUGUAACCAGCGUUCACGGAGACGGUUGUGCCGCUCGAAUGAAUGAGAACGAGCAGCCAGUUCGGCUAAAUGUUUUUUUCUUAUGUAGGCGGCCUCAUUGAUAGUUUAUCUCGAGUGCGCUGUUAGUCGAUUAGACUGAACACUUUUUCCGCGUAGAACGUCGAUGAUUUUCUGAUACUCGCCCGCUUGCUUUCGCGAUCUCUUAGAGGAGCGAGCCCCGAAUGUCUUACUAUGUAAAUACCGUGCGCGAUUGCUUCCCGCGAUAGACCGUCUUAUUCGGUUUUCGACCCGUAGAUACGUAUCGUAGUUUUUCAGUAAUUUAUCGAAGAUGUAGGAGAGCGUAUCAUAUAGUUAUCGGAAAAAAAAAGAAAACACAUUCGCCACGCGGACUCGACGAAAGGAUGUUUUUGUAGACGUCGGCCUAUAAUCUACAAAUUAAUUAAUCGCGCGCAAAGUACGGAAAUCGGCCCGGGGCGUCACUCGCGGGCCGGUACUUGCGGCGAGAAACGAUAUUACUGAGCUUAGUCGUUAUAAUAGUCGUUAUCGCGGGACGACAAUUGGUCUCGUGAGACUCGAUAAUACUCUUUGUCAUAUCUCUGUCAUAUCCUAGUCGAUUCAUACUCCUAUUCUAGUCACGAUCGUAUAAUUCAACUCGUCUCACGCGUCUAACCCUUCCCGGACUGCCACAUCUCCUUUUCCGAUAAGUAAAGUUCUCCGCGGCGCUGCACAGCUCAUUUAUUGUAUAUUGAACAAAUUUAUUGCAUUUUGAAAAAAAAAGAAAAGAGAAGUUUAAAGCUACAGUAUUUUUUUUGCAAAAAAAUCAAACAAUUGAAUCCACGCGGAGUUUAUAACAAAGGUGCAACGUGCACGAUAAAAGUAAAUAAUUUCAAGCGGCAAGUCCGGGUCCGAAAAGGGUUAGACACGCAAACUGUACGAUUAUAUAGCCACGUUAUAUACCCUUAUACACUUAUAUACGAUUGAAUAACGCCAACGAGUAUCGAGCAACCCCCUAGUGACAAUAGAUGACCUGAUAUAUGAGAGAUUGAAUAGCGAUAGAAAUACUCGCAGGAUUUACAACUGUGUGACUUCUCCUCAUAUAGGAGUUAUUUACUACGAGGACGUGUUACAUACCGAUCAAGCACUAUGACCCGUAUUUUCGUCGCGGAUUAAGCUCUGAGCGUGAACGACGUUCCGUCAAAAUCUCCUGUUUUAUGUAGACCUCGCGCUUUAUGUAAAACGUUUCAAGAUAGAUAUUCGACGUCGCGGACACGAUCGCGUUUCGCGCACUGAAUGCGUGGCGAAUUUACGAGGUUGAAGUGAAACGAUUAUAUAUCAGAAAGAAGAAAACUAACGAAUCCCUCAACGUAUUCGAAUCAACGUGCACAGUAUUAUGUACAGGAUAUUUAAAAAAGGAUACAAGACUCGCAGGGUAGACAGUAUUCAUUGUAACAAACGUUGAGUAAACAUAGGUCGAAAAGUUAACUCUUUCGGAGUUAUAUACUUACGAUGUUAAACAAAACGAAUGUCUUCUUUUAAAAAUGCUUUGUUUUCUUUGAAUCAAUUUUAUUUCUACGCAAUAAUAUUCACAUUAUCAUUUUGCGUCACAGUAUAGUCAUUUGUCCCCUUAAGGCUCUGCUAUCUCCCCGCAGAAAGUCUAAAUUGACGGUGGCGCCUACACUAGUGUCGAGAACACGAAAUAACCGUGUCAACGUAGCUGAUAGGCUAACACUAGGCCAGGCUCAUGCUAGGCCUCGUUUGACACCUCGGAAAAUUAGUUGCGUUUUAUCGUGUUAUUUUGCAGUUUCUCCGUGAAGUGUAUAUAUUAUCGUGAUCCUCACAGCUGUAAAAUGUGCAGCAGACUCAGUGAUACUGGUGAUACAUCGUGAAAAUCGAGAAAUUAAAUGUGUUCAUACAUGCUGAUCUCAGCUGUCACAAACCACCGUGACAGCCGAAAAAUGUAGCAUUAUUUCAGGAAUUAUUUUAUGAUGCUACGUGAUAUAUCAGCCAGAUAUCUGAGUUUGCUGUACUUUUUAUAGGUUUCAAGAUUAGGAAAAUAUUUGAUUCUUCAAAGAAAAGUAAAAAAUAAAGCAAUAAAAUGCAACUAAUUUUCGGUGUGUCAUUUCUCGCUUCUGAUGUCAUCAAACCAAUAUGGCCGCCCUAGAAAUAGCAGAGCCUUAAGAUCAGUGAUCGUAAUUUUCAAGAGACGUCGUAGCAAGAAUCCUUUCAACUAUGUCGAUUUAUUGUUCUAAUCGGGAAAUGUUAGACAUGCAAGAUGAUAACGUAAAUACUACUGUGCAGAAAUGGAACUAAUUCGUAAACUAGAAAUUUUUGAAAGAGGACACGUAAACACCUUUUAUAAACAUCAAAAUGAUAACAUAGUAAAACAUUUGUCGCUCGUUUAUUCAUCGCUUAAUCAAUGGGAGUACACAAAUAACUUGCGUUAUUUACGUAACCAAAACCGAAAAACAUUUAUAACUCUGAAAGGGUUGAUUUUUCGACCCAUGUUUACUAGACAUUUUUUAUUCAGUGCAGCGAGUACUGCUUAUUUUGUAAGUCUUGAACCCUUUUUUGGAAUAUCCUGUGAAUAUUACAUAUAUUCCUAUACAUAUAUAUAUGAUAUUAUAUAUAUUAUACAAACUCUCUUAAAGUAUUAUAUAGGACAUCCAAGGAACCAAAUAUUAAGAAGAAAAAAACGCAUGUAACCCACGUAUGACAAAGUGAAGUUAGGUGUAGCUGAAGGAAACCACAGUUUUGUAUAGACGAGAACCAACCACAUGUCGUUUACUUUUAUAGUCGCGCACACAUACACAGAGACACACACAUACUUUGCGUUCGGUUUAUUGUAGGUUCUCCCUUAGCCUUUUGGAGAUCAUGUGCAUGUGUACUUCCUGCGGACUCGCGGCUGCGCGAGCGUCCGGGUAUCACUUUUGUAAUCGUAUAGAGAUGAACAGCGACGCGGUGAUUUGUAACGCGACUUUGUUAAACAGAUGAAGAAUCGUAUUUCCAGAGUAUUUUAUCAUAUCAGGAAAAGAGAAGAAAAAUUAUUCUCCCACACGAGAUAGUCGUAUCAAGAUAAGUUUAGCGUUUCCCGUUUGUGGGUAGGCGACCACACUGUGCGAGAAAGUGACGGGAUGUAGUAGUUGUACACUUUUACGGUGACGACGACGACGAGAAAUCGAUUGUUUAUAGAUAGUCGCGUAGAUAGGUAGUCUCCAAUGUGAUAUAUACAUCCCGAGGAUAACUUUGUCUAACGAUUUACAACUUUAGGUCGGCGAGUUUGAUCUCUUUUGCCGGAGCUGACGGAACGUUUGGUACCGCCACUCAUUUCGAUACAAGUGAAGGAUGCAAUGGGGAUAUAUCGUGUUCGCGAGAUAGAUCGUUCGCUCGUUAUUCCCGGGGACGAAGGGGCGAAGAAUUAGAUUUCGACCUGCUGUCUCGUAGCAAAUUGAUUUGAAAAGAAAAAAAAUCGGUCUCUCUGAAUCUGUCUCUCUCUAUCCUUCUUUGAAAACACGACAGACGAAUCGAAGUUCAAAAGAAUUCUCGCAAAGAGUAAAAAGCUUAUUGAGUUUGGUGAACAUGCAUAACUCCGAAAGAUCAAAAGCCCGAAAUUUGACAACGUCCCGACACAAUCACAAUCCCGAAAACUGACUACGGGACAACGUAUCGAAAUACAAUUUUCUCGGAAUAUUGAAAGCUUGAAGUUGUACAAGGUUAUGCGACGACUUAUUGAUAACUUCAUGUUUUCGAUAUUUCGGCAGACUCAGUUUUUGGAAGUAUAAUUUUUUAAGAUAAUUUUUUAAGUGGCAUGCUUUUAAUAUUUCGGAAAAAUCGUAUUUUUAGUUACGUUGUAUCAUUAACCAAUUUCGGAAUUGUGGCUUUUUCAGGACGUUGUCCAAGUAGACGUUUUAGAAUUUCGGCACUUUCUUUUUCGGAAUUAUGUAUGUCCACCUUGUACUCGUCUUGUUUGGGAAUUGAUUUCAAGCAGAUUUCUAGGCUUCAAUUGUAAUUCUUGAUCGAUACAUUUUUACCAUUCCCGAUCGUUCCCUGCGAGAAGAAUCAAAAUUAUUAGCUAAGAAUAGAACGCGAGACGGCCUUCAAAAAUUCGCUCGUCUCUUGCGGAUAACAUUGGAAACGUUACAUAUCAGUUUCGUCUACUUGUUCUUUCGAUUAGCGCGCGAUUUCUGCGCACGGUUGUAUCGUCGAUAACGUACGCUGGAUUGUCACGAGAAAGGGACGCAAAAGCGGUCGGCACCGAAAAAUCGCGCCGUCGACGUAUAUCGCGGAGUCUCACGGAAGUGAUAUUUUUGAAUAUGCCCCUCUUUACAAGGAAUUAGUUGUGGGAAUUAGUUAGUAGAACACUCUCCCAGCACCAAUUACGGACAAUCCACAUUCGUCGAAUCGACCACGAGUAGAGCACCUCCCCUUUAGCGGACUCGUAAGAUUUUUUAGAGAAUUCGUUGUAAGAAGUUGAAGGUGGCACAUCAACGGGACCAUCUCGAUGGAAAUGAGCGUAUCAUCCGUUAUUGCUUUCGUUCGCACCUAAGUAAAACGAUCUCGUACGUCUUCCAGUCAUCUCCAUACGUAAUUGUGUCUACAUUGUAUUCCUGGGAUUACAUGUCUUCACGAAAGAGUUGUACUCCGAAUAAAGAAGGAUCUCACGA